AUGUAAAUCAGUGAUUUUUUGAUAAUUUUGUUAAAAAAUGUUUAAAUAAAGGCUAAUGAAGACAAAAAAAAUAGAGUAAUAGUUGGUAUAUCAAUUCAAUAAUUUGAUUUAUUUACACAAAUUGAUGAUAUUAAUAUUUAUAUGAAAUAAAAAUAAAUUAAAUUUAGAAGCUCAUUUUCCUCGUGUUUUUCAAAUUUAAGACUGAGAACUUAAGUCCUUAUUUUGUAAAUUAUUUAUUUAGUAAUCAUAACCACUUGCCUCACUUGUUUGACAUUAAUAAUUUAAAAAAAUAUCAUUAACACUAUAGCUAUAGAUUCUUAGCAGGUGUUAACAUAAAAAGAGAUGAAUCGAAUAUCUGACAAUUAUCUAUAUUAAUUUAUUUAAUAGAUAAAUAAUGGAUUUUUUUAAAGGGCUCAAUCAUUAAAUGCCAUAAACUCAUUGUAUUUUGUAGCUUAAGAUAAAAAUUUGAAGUUUCAACAAAACCUUGAUAUUUGCUAAACAUUUGUUAGUAACCUAGAGCUAAUGUAACAGAUUGAAACAUCAUAUUGCUUUUGUUAUGGUCUAGCUGGUGAUCCCAACUAAUAAUAUGAGGAUAAACUCAGAUUGAGCAACAUUCUCAGUAUCACAUCUACAAUUUAAUCAAACUAUACAUAAUUGUAUUAUUCCUCAAACACUGAUGAUCAAUUUUACACAUUUAAGCCUUGCCAGAAUGUGCCAUCGGCCUGGAUUCCUAAAUAGCGGCCAUGGUAUCAAUAACACAACUAAAGUAACUUAGAAAUUUAAUACACCUCUGCCUAUAUUGAUUAUGGAGGAGGUGUAUGUUUAACUCAAACGAAAUCAUUAACAAAUGAACAAAAUAUCUCCAUAGGUAUCAUAGCGAAUGAUAUGACGAUGGCAUAGUUUUCAACUUUUACAUAUAAUUAAAUUGCUGAAUUUCUUUUAAUUGAUUUUAAAGGGUAAAUUUUACUCAGUAAUCAUUAUGUUAAAGGAUAAGAAAUUGUAGAUUACUUUUAAAAUGUUUCAAAAACUGGUUUUAAUGAAACUGACUUUAACAUCCUGCUUAACUAUUAAUAGAACAAUUCCUAUACAGAUCUAUGUUAAAUACAUAUCAAUAAUACUUUUUGUCUAUUUGAUAAGCUAAGACAAAAACUAUUUUAUUUUAAGUUAGGCCUAAUAAUGAAUAAUAAAUACAUUGUAGUAGCUAAAUUUGAUCCCUUUCUAUACUCGAGUGCGAUGAAUUCCUUGUUGCAGGAAAUCAAUGAUAAAAAUGAUUAGAUGGCUACUCUUUUAAUAGGCAUGAUAAUUUUAGCCUUUUUUAUCUUUUUUAUUUCCUUCAUUGUGACGACUCUAGUAUUGCAACGUCCUAUUGAAUAGUUAAUGUAUUAUUCAAAUCGGUCGAAUAAAACAGGGAAAUUUCUUUAGACUUAGUUUCCAAAGAUUUAGAUGGGAACAAAUAUUGGUGAACUGAAUUUAGCAUUUUUUAAUUUAUUAAAUUAACAGCGUAGCAACAAAAAAGAUUGCUAAGAACGCAACAAAUAAUUAUCGUAAGAAACAUACUAAUAUCAGAAAAAUAUUAAUUGUAUGUAUUUGAAUAUUCCCGAUAAAAUAUUCCAAAAUUUACUUGUAAUUUAUGAUUUGAAUAUUAUAGAAUUUAAACUAUCCAAUACUAUUUAACUGUUAAAAAAGAUUGAUGCUGAGACGUGAGCAAAUCAUAAUAUUUAAUUUUAUUAGGAUGAUCAAUUAUAAAAUCUAUCGCUUUGGUGAAUACAAAUCUGAAACUAAUUUGAAUAACUGUUGA